AUGGUGAUUUGUCUUGUCGUUACGACGGACCGUGGGCUGAUGGGAUCGGCGCCAGGAACCGGCGGGCCGGGCAACGCCACGGGCCUGGACAACAUGGCGAGUCUGGAUCACUGCCUGUCUGACAUCAUGCGCAAUGACGGCGCCAUGCAGAACCAUUACCGAGUCGUGUCGGGUCGGGCCGGGCCGAGAUCCCGCGCUACUACUACUAUGCUGCUUUUGCAGCUGCUUGCUCGCUCCGAAAGACUUUUUUUUCUUCUCUGUCCUCAUUUAGAUUUCUUUCGAGGAUUUCUUCAUCAUAAAACGGACCGUGGGCUGAUGGGAUCGGCGCCAGGAACCGGCGGGCCGGGCAACGCCACGGGCCUGGACAACAUGGCGAGUCUGGAUCACUGCCUGUCUGACAUCAUGCGCAAUGACGGCGCCAUGCAGAACCAUUACCGAGUGAUUGAUUUCGGUUCCACGGGAAGGGGCGAAGAGGAAUUUGCACUUCCGGAGCAUUGCCACCAACAGGCGCCUCCAGCGUGUGAAACCUUUGUGGUGCAAAGUAGUGUUGAGUUCAUGCGUAUCAUUUUUGGACAGAUAUCUGCCAACCGUUCGACAGCUCUCCCCUCAAAAGAUGAGGCGCCCUUCCUGCAGAUUUUUGAACUUUUUCAUUCACAGCCGCCAAAAUUGGCGGCUGUGAAUGAAAAUGAUGGAUCUACCUUGGAAGACCUGGAGGCAACCCUUGGUAUUAAUACCACGUUGAUUUCAAGAAUUCUAAGGGAAAAGCUGGGCUAA